GAGUGUAACUUGAAGUCAAGUUUAUAAAAACACAAUCUUAAUUCCAUUGUACUUCUUGUCUGUCAAUGUAGAACUAGUAGUUCUGUGAACAGUAAACCUCGCGCUCAAUGAGUUACAUUGACCUGUUGUUGUUUUCUCAAAAAUUAAUAAAUAAAUUAUCAAUUAAAAGUGUCAAGAAAAAUUCCUAAAUAAGCAUAGAGCUUUCUAUUCUAUAUCGUACCGUGACGUGUCGUCCUGGAAUAUGUUGGAAGAGAGUAAAUGCUGCAUAUUUCCUAAAGCAUCAGAAUUGAGUGAAAUUUUAAAUAACCUUGAAUGCCCUGAAAAAAACUGCAACGACAUUUUUCACAAUCCAUCAAAUCUCACGCUUCACCUCCAAAAACGACAUGGAAGAACUGUUGAAUCAGCUUGUAGACCAAAAUAUGGUCAAUUCUACUGCCCUGAAAAAAGCUGCAAAUACUAUUUUAAUCCUGAAGUUAGCAACGUUAAUAAGAAUUUCUCAAAUAGAUUCUUCACCCAAUUCAGAUAUUUGAAACAACAUUACAUAAAGGUUCACAUGGUGAAACCGUUCAUAUGCUUGAAAUGCAAUAAAGGCUUUCCCACUGAGCUGCACAAAACUAGACAUGAUGAAGAGUGUGGAUCAAAGUACACCUGUUCGUGUGGGGUUGUGUACAAUUCAAUCAGUGCUUUGAAAACACACGCAAUGCGGAAGGGGCAUGCCAUCAAUACUACUCAUUCAAUCAAAACUAAAUACAUGUGCCAAUCAACCAAAUCGUCGGAGACGCUCACAGUAAUUGCAAACAAUGACUCAGAUAAGCAAACGAUUGAUGUUACUACACUCACCAAAUCGCUCCCAAAAGGCGCUAGUGUCCUCAUUCUCCAUGGCUUAGUUAACGUGAAUGACUUGACAAAUACCAAUUUGUUUCAUUUGGUGAAACUAAACUCACAAACUGUCGAAACGUCAUCUCAGACUGAAAGUGCUAGGCCUACAUCUCUCAAACGGAAAAAGUCGGCUAGUCCAGUCAAAUCUACGGAGAAAAGCGUGAAGAAACGAAUGUCUCAACAAACUCAGACUGGGGAGAAAAAUCCAAAGAUAUCGUCACAAACUCAAACUAUGAAUCAGUUUUUGAAAGAAUCUAAAAUAAAAAAUUCAGCUAAAAAGAGGAAGAAGAGUAUGAAAACUCAGACAAUCGUGAAACCAGAAAAUGUUGUAAGCACAGUGAACCAAAAAUGUGAGACAUUUACAGUGACCUCAGGAAAACUUGAUUUGCUUUAUAAUGAUGUUACUAAUCAUGAUGAAGAUAAAACUGUAAAGCUAGAAGCGAAUAAAAAGGCGAUUGAUCAGUUACGUGAAAAACCAGUUACAGAAACUUCGAAUAAUCAUGUUGAAGCUAAAAUGGAAGAUCGGAAAAUUGAAGAAAGACCACUUUUGGAUGAAGAAUCUUCAGAGUCAGACAAUUUCAAAAAGCACGAUAUUUGUUUGCCUCAGUUGUGGCUGAGUAAUGAAAGUUCCAAAGAGAUUGACUGUAAAGAUAUUUCUAGUCUUUUGGAGAGAAAAACUGAUGACAGAUCAUUAUGCCUCUACCAGGACUCGAACAGUAGCGAUCGAAAUUACACAUCUCUGUGCCAUAUUGAAACGCAAACUGAUAACCGUCUGAAUAACUUGCUCGAUGAUUACCUGACCAACUGUGAGACGCAGACCAACGACAUCCUAGACCAGGACACGCGAUGGACGCAGACAUGUGAUGACACAUUCCUUCCAGAUCUGGUUGAUUUUACAAAUAAUGAAACUCAAACGGCUUGGUCUUUCCUCAACAAUUCUCCUCUCAGCUCAUCAAUCAAUCUCGUUCACAGUGAAACACAAACACCGCCCCAUGUUCAAGAAUUCAAUAUUGGUCAGUUGUAACAAGUAAUUUAUGGAAAGUAUUUCUAAAAAUUCCUGAAAGUCAGGAUAAUCUUGUCCACUCUUAUACUGUAAACUCGCCAUGCCUUGCCAUGAAACUUCAAUAAUAUCACUAUUAUCAACAACAGUAGACAUAAUAUAUAUUUUUUCAAAUCAGUGGUAUAAUAUUCUCAUUGAAAAAUUUCUCUUGUGGAAAGUACAAGAAUUAUAUUUGAGCCCUGUGAAAUUUUAGGAGUCAUGCUGGACAUUAAACUGUUGUGGAACUACAGUCAUACCGUAUAAAAUGUCUUUGCAAGAAACCAUCUCGCAGCUUGUUUGCGCUCAAGAGACUGAAACUGUGUGUGAGAAGUGAUAUUCUAAUAUUCGCCUAUUAUGGACAGUUCCAUACUUUGAACUAUGGGCUUCGCCUGUGGGGUAAUCGCAGUGGUAUUAAGACGAUCUCUAUUUGGCAGAAAACGUUAUUAGAUGUAUUGCUGUUUUGAGAAAACGUUAUUAGAUGUAUUGCUGUUUUGAGAGAUAAUGAAACUUGUAGACAAAAUUUUCAGAAUUUCAAGUAAUGACUCUAUCAUGAAUUUGUAAUAUAUUCUGCAACCUGAUGUAAUGAAGCCAACUUAUAAAAAACAGGAGAGAAAAGAUAAGCAAAUAAUGUAGGCCAACCCUGAAGGAAAAAGAGGUUGAGGUCGUCCAAGGAAAACCUAUCUUGACAGUGUUAUGGUAGCUGGUUUGAAGAGAGGCAAAAAUUUGAGUGAGAUGAAAAGAUUGGCUGGCGACAAGAGAGAAUGGAGAAGAUGGUCCGAGCUACACCGGACGCUGUGAGGCAGGGAUAGGGAGAGAAGAAAAAGAACAGUAGAGACGCAGUGGCUCAAGGACAGAGCAUUUCACAGUAUUGGUGAAUAUUUUGAUUUUUAUAUGUUUUGUUGGACUGUGUAGAUUGUUUUUUUAGGUUAUAAAACCUAGUUUACUGUACUGUAUCCAAAGGCGAAUAAUUAUUCUAUUAUUAUUUUUUUUGUAUUCGAUUCAAAGCAACUGGAAAAGCGAUUAGAAGCUUCUGUGGGUCCACCUCUUGGUUCUUUGUCUAUGGGCCCUGUCGUAGAACAACGUUCUUGUCAUCAUUCUGAUUUUCUCAAGUCAUAAUCCUGUUACUAAUAUAAAACAAUUUCCUCUAUUAAAUGUUUUAGUCAAUCAUAAUAUUGUAAAGCGGACUAAUAUUAUUUGCUUUUAGAGCAGUUGGUUUCAGUUAGUUGUUGUAUUAUAUAAUAUGUAUAAAAACCUAUGACUUUGUAAAUAGUUUUUAAUUCAACUUUAAUUUCAUUUUGAUUGAUAUUUUGUUGAGGACUGAUUCGUUACAAUAGGUUUUAUAAAUUAUUUUAUUAGUGUAGAGAUUAAAUUACUAAGAAUCUUAUUUUAUUGAUGUGAAUGGCGGUAAUGUAGAAUUGGAAUAAAAAAGUAUAUUCAAACUUUCAA